AUGAAGAGAGUGACAACCGAGCUCCAGGACGUUGCCACAAUAUCUAUUUCCGUCGCGGAAAUUACAAGCCUCAUGGCAUCGGGCUCUCAAUCUGUCUCGGCCAAGGUCUCUGAAGAUCUCGCACGGGCUGCAGACGCGCUUCACAGCAUGCAACUGCAAGACGCGAACAUGCUCACCACGCCGACCUCACCGAAUAUCCCCCCAGCUACGUUCGGUGCUGCCGGUCGUCAAGGAUCAGUGCUGAAGCAAUUCGAUCAGUCGACGGAGACGAGCCGUAAAGGAUCCCAAGCGCCGACACCUCCGCAGACGUCAGUUGCCAAGCCGGAUUACUCUGAAUCCAAGAUCGUCCUCGCGAUGGUGAGUUCCUCGUCCUGCAACGAUGCCUCCUCGAUCCAGGGAAAUCCGCAGGUCGGACUGCCAGCGAGAGGAAAGUCGUAUCUGAGCAACAAGCUGAUGAUCUAUCUCAAAUGGCUUGAAUACGACGUCAAGGUCUUCAAUGUAGGUCAAUUGCGGCGGACGCGGGCGAGACAAAAGGCUCAACAGAGCGGUAUCACGGAAGAUCACAGCUCUAGCUUCUUCAGCCAUGAUAACGAGGAAGCUAAUCUCUCCAGGGACCGGCUGGCCGAGGACAGUCUGGAGAUGUUGAUUAAAUGGCUGAAAGACGGGGGCAACGUAGGCAUCCAUGGUCACGAUUAUGCCACGAACAGCAGUCGUCACCGGCGGGCGAGUAUCGAGGCACGAGUGAAAAAGGAGCCGGGGAUGCAAUUGAUCUUCCUGGAAUCCUUGUGCAAUGAUCCAGCUGUCAUUGCCGCCAAUGUGGCCCUCAAAGUCAGCUCUGGGGACCCUGACUACAAAGAUCACUCGCCCGAUGCGGCGAAAGCCGACUUUCUGCGGCGGAUUCACGAAUACGAAAAGGUGUAUGAGACUAUCACGGAGCCGCAUCUGUCGUACCUGCGGAUAACAGAUGUGGGACGCGAGGUGACUGUGUCGAGAAUCAACGGAUACCUGUCCAGUCGGAUCGCCUUCUAUCUCAUGAAUUUGCACCUCAAGCCGCGCAGCAUUUUCUUCUCCCGACACGGCGAGAGCCAGUACAAUGUCCUCGGCAAGCUCGGAGGCGACUCUUUGCUAUCGCCUAGGGGAAUGCAGUACUCACAGGCGCUGCCGGCCCUGAUCAAAGACAACAUCGGCGACCAGCCGUUGACGGUGUGGACUUCGACUCUGAGACGGACGAUCCAGACGGGAGAACACCUGCGGUACACCAAGUUGACGUGGAAAUCGUUGGACGAGCUCGAUGCGGGCCACGCCUAUCCCGAGGACUUUGCGAAUCGCGAUGAAGACAAGUUCAACUACAGGUAUCGUGGCGGCGAGUCGUACCGAGACGUGGUUGUCCGCCUGGAACCCGUCAUCAUGGAGCUUGAACGUCAAGAGAACAUCCUUAUCAUUGGACAUCAGGCCAUCCUUCGCUGUUUAUACGCCUACUUUCACCACCUGUCCCAAGAAGACCUACCGUACAUCAAGAUUCCGUUGCAUACCGUCAUCAAGCUGACGCCAAAGGCUUACGGUUGCGACGAGGAGCGAUAUGCCUUGCCUAUCACUGCCGUUGACACUCACCGGGCCAAGCCGAAGGCGCAUGCCCAACCGUCUGUCAUUCCCUCCACGUCCAGGCAAUACUUCGCAGAGCCAGAGUCCAAAUGAAGCAAUUCCUCGGCUGCAUGGGCAUAUGAUUUGCCUCGACAUCUAUCUCGAAUCCUGUCAUAGAUAAUCCGUGGAUACUCUCAUCAUCAGUGCUGUACUAAUGAAUGCUGUACCGAGACUUCCCGUCCCCGAUCCUCGCUGAGUUGGCACAACGCAAUCCCUUGGCACUCCAGCCUUCCCGACUUCUUCCAACUUCUUGCGUAGAUAUUCCGUGAAUGGUCACAGCCUCGAUGACUUGAUUCGUAAAGUUACAGUGGUACCAGUCGCGCCGAGCCGUUGGUCUCGCUCCAAAUGGAACUCUGGCCCGUGAGAGUGACAACCACCGGCGUCCGCCAUGAGAACCCCGCUUAUCUAUUCUUGCACCGAGAUCUCAAAUGGCCCCAUCCCCAGAGAAUAUAUAUAAACAGCUACAACACCAAUUUCAUCUUCAGCAGCCUCCCCCCCACCGCUCACUCACUCUCACCCUCACCUAUCCAGUCACUCAGUUCAUUCAACUGAUAUCAUGUCUUUCCCCACUACCCUCCGCUCUCUUGCCACCCGCCGCGCCGUGGUCCCCGUCGCGCACACCCGCUCCAUGUACAGCGCGUUCGGCCCGGCGCCGCGCCGCAUCCAACCUGCCUCCAACGCAGAGAUCUCCCUCGACUCCCCCGCCCGCCUCCAUGUCGUGGCAAACGGCCCCAGCGCCAACUUCUACGGUGUCCCCCUCGGAGCCUUCCACGUCUCUGCGCCCUACCACGAGCCGACCAUGGCCGCCGCGGAGGUGAAGAAGACUCCCACCACGAAGCAGAUCCAGUAAAUCAUUUGCACACACACACUCGCGCGACGCGCACAAUGGGGGGUCUCUUGGCCCAUAUGGACUUGUUGGGAUGCCGAGCAUUCGCGAGGUGGCGAAUUUAGACUAGUUACGGUGUAUCAUUGCUUGUAUUUUUUGACUCAUAGACUGCGUAUCUUUCGCCUUGGAUUACUGAGUGGUCGCGUGGAGUGCGUGCCAUGGCAUUGAGACGUCGGGACUCGGUAGCGAGACAGAACUUCUUCAGUUCGUCCGGGUCCAUGCCGCGGAAGUGGUCGCCAAUCGUUAUCGAUUCUUCCACACGGGCCCGCGUGGGUCGGGUACAAGAAGCAGAUUCCUCGACCCUGCGGCGUCCGUGGAAGAUGUUCAGGCCUUUUGCGAGGAGUGACGGUGACAGCAUGGGAUGGCAGCAAACAUUUACCCAGACCGCUUCCGCUCACACAUCAUGCAUCAGCCAUCACUUCGCCGUCAAGAUCUUGCCACUCGUCGCCACCAUCCCAAGAGAUUCUUGCGGCUGAGCCACGCAUGCCGAACCUGGACGAGGCCGACAGUCAAUUAAAUGCCACCGCGCGGGCGAUUGCGUCCCUCGAGCUCCAGAAAGCUGAUCUGCUGCAACAAGUCAAGAAUGUCGAUGUGCAGCUUAAAUACGCGCGAGCCAAGCACGGGAAACUGCUGAACCAGAACUCAGCGAUACAGAAGCUGCCUUGCGAGCUCUUGAGCUCCAUAUUCAUGACUUGCCAGCAGUUUCCCCGUACGAACGGAGGGAACGUCCCGUUCGAAGUGCUGGCGUCACAUGUAUCAACUAUCUGGAGGGAAGUAUCGCUCGGAACGCCUCUUUUAUGGACGAAUGUCACAGUCCGAGUGCGGCCGCGCCAGCUUGUCACCCGGAUGACCCUACAGUGGACGCUGGAUCGCGUGGAAACUUAUCUGGCACGCUCUGGAACCUGCCUUUUCACGACUUCGUUGGAUAUUUCAGGACCUUUCGAAAUCGACGAGAUACUGGGUGCUAUCGGGAAGCAUGCCUCGCGGUGGAGGAGACUUAAUAUAUCUAUCCGGAACCCCCCGGCUGCCGCAUUCGAGAUCUGGCAGGCUUUGCGUUCGCUGUGCGUCCCAGAGCUCGAGCAGCUUUCUAUUACUCUUGCGAAACUGUCAUCGGACGGCUACAACCCGAGCGAUGAUCGCAUGCCCUUCAUCUUCAAGGGUGGUUCCCCCUCGCUCAAAUCCGUGCGACUUUCUGGCGUUGCGAUCGGAUCGCUCAUUCCGCCGCUCGAGAUGAUCGAGACGCUGAAUCUCAGUAGGCAUCCGCUGAGCUACGACGUUCUGCGUGCUCUAUUCGAUGGGAUGCCUAAUCUAACCAACUUAUCACUCGGCAGAAUCGACUGUCCGUAUCGACAAGCAAGCGUGACACCGAUCCUGCUCAACAAGCUGCUUGCCUUGCGUUUGUAUGGGAACAUUGACGACGAGAGUGUUCAUCCGCAUCAUGUCCUGCGAAUGCUAUCGGUUCCGGCACUCGAGACGCUCGUGCUCAAGGACUUUGAAGCCUUUGAGGAACACGUCUUCCCGAAUGUACAUACAGUCACGCUCCUCGCGUCGCCGCUUUCCGCGGGCGAUAUGCUACGGAUGAUCCGUGCCUUUCCGAGUCUGCAGAACUUCCGCCUGGACGAAUCACUGCCGGAUAUCUUCGAUCUGUUGGGGAUGCUUGAUACGGCGACCCAUCUUCCGCCCUGGCCAAGGCUCGAGACCCUGACUGUGACAGACAUGGAAAUCGCCGACGUUGGCUUGCUCUGCGACAUGAUUUCCCAGCGCCAGCUGCUGAAGGCCCCGCUGGCGCGACUGGAGCUGGACCGCCGCAGUCGUGUCGUUCUGCGCAAGAAAUGCAAGCUGGAGUGGCUCAGGACGGUCGCACAUGUGGUGAGCCAUGAGGGGGCCUAUCCGUGGCCUUCGGACACCUCCGUCGAGGACCAAGACGACGGUUUCUGGGAUCCAUGAUAACGCUGCGUAGUGGUCGACAGAGCAGAUUCUGUACCGGCUCUCGUUGGUUGCAAUCGCUCCCGUGAUUUCACAUUGGGCGCCUCUUUUCAAUGUCUGUCAUGCACCACGCUGGACUCCUGGUUGGUCAGUGAUACCAACUUACCCAGUAUAUGAUCAUGUUUUAGUUGUUUCGAAUCUCACUCGAUCGUUAUAUCCUGCAAUUGCACCAUCCUUC